UCUUAUUUAUGGCGUCUACUCAAGAAAACGACGACAAAAAACCCGAAACAACAAUAACCCUAAAAAGCUCCGACGGAGAAGUAUUUGAGGUCCCCGAAUCUGCCGCCGUAUUAUCAUACACAAUCAAGAACAUGGUGGAAGAUGGUCGUGAAGGUGACGUCAUCUCACUCGAACAGGUCGACGGAAAAACCCUAUCCUGGGUUGUUGCAUACCUCAAGAAACGUGCAGUUGAUCCUUUCUCUGAAAAAGACAAAGACGAGUUCGACACAGAAUUUUUUUCCGACAAAGACGUCAAUUCCCUCUUCGACAUUGGUAAUGCAGCCAAUUACCUCAAUAUUAAGGAAUUACUAGACAUGUCCAUCACAAAGAUUGUUAAUUUAAGACGAAUGUAACCCGCGUGCCAUGGGUGGGGGAAAGGUUUGAUGAAAACUUUUGGCUUGAAUCGACUUUUAAGCCGGAGGAGGAAGCGGAGACUAGGCGGCCGGAGCACCUGUGGGCCCACAAAGAAGAUGUUGAAUCUGACUACUCAAUUUUAUAUUUUAAUUCUUUUUUUAUAGAUUGGUAUUCAAGAUUUAGAUUUUAUUCGAAUUUUCGCA